AUGGUUGAAACGCAGUACCUGAAGGAUGUUAACAGAGGAUUAAUGAAACCUUCAGAGUACUGUUAUGAUACUUGCUUAAAAUUUGACGAAGCCAGCGUCUCUAGUCAACAAGUAGGACGCGAACAAACUUCCGCCCAGCCGGUGUUUUCGGACUUUGAGAGGGUCUAUUGUAAAGUGGCCGCUCCCGGCCAGAAAAGACUCCGCCGAAGUGAAGGCUCAGAUGAAUAUUCGUAUGCGGACGCGGUUCAGGACCGCGUGGCGCGGAAUUUGAAUGUCGCCCGGCAAAAAUCUUCAUUAAAUUUCUUUCAAAGUGAACCAAUAAAAAUUUGUGAUUAUUACAUUAGUUUCAUUCGAUAA